AGAUUUCCAAUCUAUUCAUUUUGAUUUAUCUUUUCUGUUCUGUCUUUGACUGCGCUUUAAAAUCACAGGAAUAUGGUAUGCUCUCUCAUCAGUCUACCUAUUUUCCAGAGCAAUCUUUGUAAAGUUUCAGGCACAUAAAUUCCACUCUAAGGUGUUCUCUCUCCAAUGAGAGUGUUGGGUUUUUCUUCUGCAAUUUGGUGGAGAUUUAUCUCUUUCAUGCUCUGAUGGGUAUCUUCUCUGAAAGAGGAACAAAUUGGCUGUUCCAGUGGCACAUCCAGAAAUUGUGAGGUUGGAACUAGGUAUUGACUGAUUCCUGGUUUCACCCUUAGACAUGAAACGUGGAUCAAAGAAGGGCUUGCGUUCAAUCAUGCCUCUUCCUUUGCAAGGCAAAUCUGUAUCCCAUUUUUGCAUGUUUCCAAAGGUGAAUUCUGCAGACUAUGAUCCAGCCACCACACAUGUGUAUCUUAAUGUCUAUGACUUGACACCCGCCAAUAGUUAUUUCUAUUGGGCAGGCCUUGGUGUCUUCCACACAGGCGUGGAAGUUCACGGAGUAGAAUACGCUUUUGGAGCACACGACUAUCCAACAAGUGGUGUCUUUGAGAUUGAACCUCGGCGAUGCCCUGGCUUCAAGUUUAGAAAGUCAAUAUUCAUGGGAACAACAUACUUGAACCAUAUCCAGGUUAGAGAAUUCAUGGAGCAUCAGUCUUCAAACUACCAUGGUGAUAGAUAUCACUUGGUUGUGAAGAAUUGCAACCAUUUCUGUGAGGAUAUAUGCUACAGGCUGACGGGAAACAAUAUCCCAAAAUGGGUAAAUCGACUAGCAAGAAUAGGUUCACUCUGCAACUGCGUACUCCCUGAGGUCCUUAAAACUUCUGCUGUCCGGCAUGACUCAAAUUUCCAAGGCUACGACAGCGAAAAGAAGAGACUAAGAAGCUCCUUCACUUGCUUGUCAUCAAUUUCAAUGCACCAGAGGGAGAGGGAGGUAUCAAUAUCUUCAUUGUUUCUACAUUCCCAUUACAAAGGCUGCUUACCACCAUGGGAGUUGAAAAAAUCUAGAAGCGGUUCCUUCAACGAAUCAUGAUAAAGACAGUCUUUGAAUUCCUAUUCCAGUAUUUUAAGUGGAAUUCCAAGUUCCCCCCCACCCCCCUCACAACUCGGAGCGAGUCUAGGAGGGCAAAAUCUGUGCAAUGACAUCACAGAAGGCUUGUGUUGUGUUAUCUCUUUUUGCUUUUCGGGUAAUUGCAGAAUGAUGGUUGUCGUUGUCCUUGUAAGAUUGAAUUGUGUUGUUAAAAACUUUUGAUGUCAAAAUCAUAUUUUCAUAGCAAAAGAAGAAUGGAGAUAGAUUGUUGUAUUUUGUACUUGAAAACAUGAUUGGCUCUCACUCUAUUCAUUUGCUACUUCAAUUACUUGAGGAAUGUAUUUUUUGUAUUUGAAAACAUGAAUUGCUAAUUUGGCUCUUUAUUCAUUUGUCCUAGCAUGUGAA